CUAUCAGAGGGCUCCGAAAGUGACGGCGGUUUCGUGCCCUCUUGUGUGUCCGGCGUGCGGGAUGGCGGCGCCGCUUCUGCGGCAGCGUCUCCGGGAGGCCAUGGCAGUGCUGGGCGGGGGCGGCCUUCUCUGCGCCGCGUACCUGGUGGCCGCGGGUGAGGAGCGGUUCUACGCCGAGCGCCUGAUGCCGGGGCUGCAGCGGCUGCUGGGGCCCGAGACCGCCCACGUGCUCGCCAUCCGCCUGCUCAGCCUGGGGGUCCUGCCCCGCGUGGCGCAGCGCGACUCGCCCAUGCUGGAGGUGUGCGUCCUGGGACGGAGGUUCCGGAACCCGGUGGGCCUGGCAGCCGGCUUUGACAAGCACGGGGAAGCCAUGGAUGGGCUCUUCAAGCUGGGAUUUGGCUUCGUGGAAGUGGGGAGUGUCACCCCACAGCCUCAGGAAGGGAACCCCAAACCUCGGGUCUUCCGGCUGCCAGAGGACCAGGCUGUCAUUAACAGAUACGGCUUUAACAGCCAUGGACAUGCCGCCAUGGAGCGUAGGCUUCGGGCCCGGCAGGGAGCGCAGCUCCAGCUCACCGAAGCUGGGAUGCCCCUCGGAAUAAACCUGGGUAAGAACAAGGGCUCGGCAGAUGCUGCGGCAGAUUACGUGGAUGGGGUCCGGAUGCUGGGCCCGCUGGCCGACUACCUGGUGGUGAACGUGUCCAGUCCAAACACGCUGGGGCUGCGGGACCUGCAGGGCAAAGCCGAGCUGCGCCGCCUGCUGGCCAAGGUGCUGGAGGAGAGGGAUGCCCUGAGGUGUGAGUGCAAGCCGGCCGUGCUGGUGAAGAUUGCCCCUGACCUGACUGCCCAGGACAAGCAGGACAUAGCCAAUGUGGUGACCGAGCUAGGUGUGGAUGGGCUGGUCAUCACCAACACCACCACCAGCCGUCCCAGCAGCCUGCGGGGCACCCUGCGCAUGGAGCCUGGCGGCCUCAGCGGGCGGCCCCUGCGAGCACUCUCCACGCAGACGGUCAGCGAGAUGUACGCCCUCACCCAAGGGAAGGUGCCCAUCAUCGGCGUGGGCGGGGUGAGCAGCGGGCAGGACGCACUGGAGAAGAUCCGGGCUGGGGCCUCCCUGGUGCAGAUGUACACGGCGCUAACCUACCAGGGGCCCCCUGUGGUGGGGGUGGUGAAACGGGAACUGGAGGUGCUGCUGAGGGAGCAGGGGUUUCAGAGCGUCACAGAAGCUGUUGGAGCAGAUCAUCGGUGCUGACAGGCGUGUGGUGCUGUGGAUGGGGUUCUCUGUGCUGCCUCCGGAUGCCUCAGUCUGGAGAAGCUGCAGCGCCCUGGGAACAGUGCUUAGCACCUCUCGGGUGUGAGCCAAUAUGGAGUCUUUGGACUGAAUCAUCCCCUGUGCAGAACGUGGGAGGGGUCUAGUGGUGUACAGAGACCCCUGAGCGGGCUAAUGAGGUCAUGGCGAGCUCGUGGUCUGUGUACCAGUGCUGCCCUGGGCAGGUGGGGAAGGCUCCCAGCUGCCCUGUGUGGAGGGACCUGAGCAAGGCCUGGGCAGGGGAGCUCUUCCCAGAUCUGCUGAACAGUGCUGGCAGUGUGGGACCGGGCUGGCCCUUGCCAGUCCUGAGCAGCUGCAGGUCAGGGUCCCUGCCCUACGAAGCUGUGACGCAUGCGCUGGUGGCACAAGGCCUGGCACACUGCUGGAGUGGUGCCAAGUCUCUGCACCCCUUUUCCAGCGGAGGAGCUCUUUGCGAUUUGCCUGCGAAGGGACUCGCCUCCCCCCCACCCCCAUGUGGGUGCACAAGGCAGCCCUGGCCAUGCUGUUCAUGGAGCCAGCUGGGUCAGGCAGUGCCCCGAGCAGCGUCCCUGGCAGCUCUGUGCCGCUGGCCUGCAGGGCCCUGCCUGAGCGCUGGCUUGGCAUCUGCCUUCGCCUCCCUGGCCAUAGCUGUCUGUGCUGCUCCCCAGGACUGGCUGGCUGGCUGGGGGCUGCAUCUGAAGGAGACUGGGCCGGGGGUUGGGGGCCAUGCCUGGGCCUGGCUUCUCACUGGACUGUCAAUAAACUUGCUGCUCGUUCAGCCUCAUCCCCCUUUUUUUUGGGGGGGGGGGGGCAGGAGCAGUGGUUCUGGAUUCCCUUAGCCCUCCAGCCCUGGGCCCUCUUGGGGAGCGGGGGGGUGCUGGCAGCUCAUGGGGCCGUGCAGCUGCCGCUGGCGCAGUUCCUGGCUGAGGAGCUGCCUGGGAUGUAGAGGGAGGGGCUGGGCUCUGCCCUGCUGUUGCCUGAUUUUUAGGAGGUUAACAUUAAUGUGGCUAAUAUUGGUUAUAGGUUUGCCAAUUAAACUGACUAGGAGAUAAUAGGGUUUUUGUUUCAGAAUCAGGCUACACAGUUUGCAAAGGACCCUCGGGGGUAAGACAAGACAGUUAUUGAGAUAAAUGGAAUAAUGGUAAUUCAAUGGUUAAAUAAUUAGAAUGACAAAUGCAGUACUAUUAAAGAUACAUACGGUAUUUUAUACUACCAGACUUUGAUUAACAUACGUACACCUUGUCUUGAGAACCUGGUGGUAACAGACUGACGUGCUAAGAGAGUUUAGGUUCAGGUUUCUUAAUUCUUGAAUGGGAGGUGCAGAGCUUAGCUUCAGUAACUCUUAGCUCUAGCUUCUUCUACCUUAGAGUUUUACUGAACUGACUUCAAACUUAACAUUAAGAACUUACAGACGAAUCGACUGAUUGAAAACAAAGAAGCUUGGAGCUUAGAAAAUUUAGAAAGCAAGUUCAGAAAAAGCUUAGAAGCCUAGACACUUCCUUGGCAUGGUGGGUUACCCCCUUUAUAGGGCAUGGGUGCUUGAUCUCUUCUCUCUUUAAACCUACUUUUCUUACCCAGCGAAGUGUUGGGGUAACUUACUCCACAGGCUGGUAUGUUUGUACAUAUUAAUGACGUUAGAUUAUUUUUAGUUGUUACUUUUGCCCUCCCAGUUAUUUUAGUUCUUUCCUUGCGGUGCACCUGUUUAGCAAGGGCGUGAACUUAGGAAAGCUCCCUCUGCCAACCUCCUUCAACACAUUCUUUAUCUCUGUUAAAGGUCGCAGCCAUGUAUGGAUCUUAUGCUUUAACUUGUCACUAUUUAUCUAGGUGAAAGGUCCCAGACGUAUGUAUGCUAACUUUGCCUUAGCUCAACGUGCAGGGUGUGGCCUGCAGGUCCCUUGCAUUACAGCCAAACUACUUUAAUUGAAGCCUAUUAUAAUAAAACAAAUAAUUAAAACCA